GGAAGAAAGCUGUAAAAAAAUAAUUUUAAAAAGUAUUAAAUGGAAGUGAAAAUGUUGAACUUUACAACAAAUAUUUCCGAAGAUGGUAACAGAACAGAAGAACUAUUUUUCAUCCAGAGCCCUAGCAUAUAUUUAUGGUUGUUUGUGAUUCUGUCUGCGGGCGUGUUCGCGCUGGGGCUGUUAGGGAAUGUUCUCGUGUGGUUCGCGGUUUGGAGAAACCCGCGCAUGAGGUCGGCUACUAACGUGUUUCUCGUCAACUUGGCCGUCGCCGACUUUCUCGUCAUCCUCGUGUGUCUCCCGCCAACCGUGCUCAAUGACGUCACGGGCCAGUGGCUGCUGGGACAGGAGAUGUGUAAAGCCAUCCAGUAUCUACAGAAAGUCUCUAUAUUUGUGUCGGUGCUCACCCUGACUGCGAUCUCGAUGGAGAGGUGGAUGGCGAUUUGCCGCCCCCUCUGGUUCCGCCAGACGUCGGUGCGGGCCAAGCGGAUUAUCGUGCUGCUGUGGUUCGUGUCGCUGUCUGCGGCGCUGCCCGACCUGGUGACGCAGACGACGUUCACGAUCCCGCGACUCGGCGUCGUCUGCAUGCCGAGCUGGACAGACGAGAGUGAGAAGAUCAACCUCCUGUUCAUCUUCGUCAUCUUCUACCUCAUUCCGCUCAUCAUCAUGACCUUCGCCUACGUCAAGGUCGCGCUGUGUCUGUGGAGGAGCACCUCAUCCAACAACAAACUAGGUCAGUCAAUCUCACACAGCUUUCUCUUCUCUAGCAACAGACUAGGUCAGUCAAUCUCACACAGCUUUCUCUUCUCUAGCAACAGACUAGGUCAGUCAAUCUCACACAGCUUUCUCUUCUCUAGCAACAGACUAGGUCAAUCAAUCUCACACAGCUUUCUCUGCUCUAGCAACAUACCAGGCAGCACUGUCGUCCGUUGCGUGUUUCGCGUUAUUAAUAAGGAAUUCUCCAAACCACUCUACAGAACGGAAAUCAGAAAGGCGAUGCCCCUGAAACCCGGAAUUCCACUAAAAGCGUCGUCCAUGUCCAUUGAAUAA